CGGAGAUAAGCCAUCGCCCGGCCAGAAGGCUGCGAGUCGCGCAUGCGCGGUGCGCUUCUGCGCGCCGGGCCAGGCGCCUGCGGGAGCGCGGGUAGGCAGUCCCGCCGCGCGGUGCCGUGCUGCGGGCUAGCAGGCCUCCCAGGGGCCACCGCCAUAGACACACCCGAUGACGCCAGCAGCGCGGGCUCGAGUGACGCUAUGUUGGCGGCCCUGAAGAGCCCUUCAAGGUCACGCCCGCGGCGUCCUGGAAGCAUGGUGAGAUGGCCGCUGCACAUCCCAGUCAUUAUGUUGGUACUGGUGUCCGGAUCGGAGGAAAGCUGCCAGGAGAGUGUGCUGUGCUACGUGUGCAACAGCUGGAGCGACGCACGCUGCAGCGACCCCUUCAACACCUCCUCGGCCGCGGAGGACCAGCCGCCAGUGCAGCUGUGCCGCGGCUGCUGCGUCAAGGUCGUCAGCAACGCCAAGUCCCAGCACGAGGGGGUGAUCCGCACCUGCACCUCCGAGUUCCCCCGGAUGCAGUGCCUCUCGCUGCUGGACUACACGUGCUCCGCCACCACGGAGACCCGCAGGAAGGGCAACCUCUGCUUCUGCGAGGAGGACCUGUGCAACUCUGCUGACGUCACACUCCCCCCUCUGCACUGCCUGGCUGCUGCUGCUGCUGCUGCUGCUGCGUCGCUGACCGUGCGCCGAGUGCUGCGCGUGUGAACCAGGCUCUCCCCCGGGUGUACCAGCGUCCAGCGUCGCGUGGGAACAUGCACAUUUCACACACGAGAGAGCCAAAACCCGAAGUUCCCCGAAGUUCAUGCUUUUUUUCCGUAUCUUCAACGUAGCUAUCCUAACCAAAUCAACCGUCCACAAUGUUUUAAAGUAUUUAUAAUGUAGCUAACCUAACCUAAUUGACCAUUAGUAUCCUUUUAUCAACACCGCCAUAUUUAUUUACAAUGAACAAAAAAAAAACACCCGAAGAAGCACGAUCGGGCGUUGUGCUCUCUCGUCUGUGAAAAGAAGGCUUCCCAACAUGCACCACUGUAGUAAUCGCCGAGUAACUCAUAGUCGAUGUUGAACAACAACGAUUUCAAGUUUCUCAAUUUGUAUUACUGAUGCAGCAGUCAAACUUAUGAGUGUAACCCAAAACACUUUACCGUCCAACAUCAUCUAGAAAAUAUGGGAACAUGUAUGUUAAAAACCAAACGAUGUAUAUAUUAGGUAUUGCAAAAGGUAGAACAGGGAACAAAGCAGAGUAAAAAUUUUAAUGUUGUGUGUGAUUUGUGUGUUUAGUACAGACUUGCAGAGCUAACACAGCGCGCAUCACUGGUGACAGAAUUUGUUGUUGUAAUUUUUAGAAAUGGUUUCACUGUUCAUCAGAGAAAUAAAGACUUAAAUGUGUUCAGAUAAAACUGUUUUGUAUCAUGUCUGUAGGAAAUGCAGCAAACUUCAGCUUUGUGCACAAAAUAAUUGUAAAUUUAAAAGAAAAAAAA